AUGGCGGUCCUGAGACUCUCGCUGCACGUCGUGCUCUGGGUUCUGCAAUUAUGGGCACCAGUAACCCGGGCGGAUUCCCUCCAGUUUUUGUUUCCAACCGGGAAGAACGAUGCGACUACUUUCUAUUACAUGAAUACAGUGGCGGUCAAGUACGAAUCCAACUUUUCCAGUCCAGUGUUGUAUACUUUUUGCAGAAUUGCCGGUGGAAGCCCUAUACAACAGCUGCAGAACUUGACGUCGCCAAACAAUGCUACUGCUCUCAUCACCUUGUCGUUUACUACUGGCGAUCAGUGCUGGUUCAAUCUCCGGAACUCCACGAAAAGUCCCCAGAUGGGGAUGAAUAGCAUAAACUGGCAAUACAGGAUAGAUUCGGUAAACCAGACAACGGUUGGAUUGUCUACAAUCAGCACAUCAGCUACCGGGACAGCUACCGGGACAGCUACCGGGACAGCUACCGAAACAGCCACCGCAGGCGGAACGGCCUCGCCGACUGGUACCACGUCGACAGAUUCUACGGCAACUUCUUCGGAUGCUACAUCUUCAACGGACGGAUCAAGCGGCCUUUCAGUGGGAGCGCAAGCAGGAAUAGGGGUUGGAGUUGGUAUCGCGGGUCUAGCCGCACUUAUUGGUCUUGUUUUUUUCCUCAUUCGAAAGAAGAAACGAGAAGGCAAUGCUGCGCAGGAGCAAGGGUACACUUACUCGGCUGCACCAACUUCGGCAACCUCGCCUCCUGGCACCGAUUUGAACAGUCACUAUGCACCAUCAGAAUCAGUGGGACAUGGUGUUACGCAACCUAGCGUACUCAGUACUGACUUGCAAAAGUACCGGCAAACUCCCGUGAGUAUGCAGUCAUAUACUGAACCGCAGGAAAUGGACGGGGCAUCUCCACCCGUCCACGAAAUGCCUUAA